AUGUCGCUUCUCCUUAUCCUUCUUAUCACCCUUUGCAUUCUCUUAUUUACCACUUUAUAUAUUAGAUUUAGAAACUCUGUGCCCAGGUCUAAUAGGAAAGUUUGGAAUAGGAAAGAUACAUCUUCAUUGGAAAAUACUCUUCAAAAAAUUAUUGGAAAGAAUAUGACAUCAUACAUUGUAGAUACAUCGUCAUCACAGAGGAAAAAGUCUUGGUCUCCGUAUAUUCCUCCUUCUUAUAAGUUUAAUAAUAAUUCAUCAAAUGUUGUUUUACAACAAAAUGAAGUGACUCAACAACAAGAAGGAAUGGCCAAUAAUAAUAAUAUCAAUGUUGAAUAUUCAAAUAAUAACAAUAAUAUUUCAACAUUUAAUAUUCAACAAAAUAAUCAACAGAACUUGAAUGUUAGCACCAUUCCAAUAGCAUCACAAUCUACAAUUCUUUCAAUUCACCCAAAUACUUUAAAUUCCGAGACCGACCUGACAAGCACAAUUUAUAGAAAACCUACAGUAGACCGUUUGGACAAGAAACCAAUUUAUAAGAGCCCACAAUUAAAGAAAAAACUAUCUACUCCAAACAGCUCUGCCUCUAAGAAGAAAGUUAUUUAUUUCAAUAAUUCAAAAUUUUUGGAGGGGGUGGGAGUUUCUCCAAUUCUUCCAGAUAAGAAAAUUAGAGAAGAACCUAUUCACUUACCAAACUCGAGUUUUAUGAACCAAUCUACAAUUGUAUUGGAACCUAUUACAGAAAUGGAAAAUAAGCCACAAGAACCUAUUCAAGUUGUUAACACUAGUGAGGGAGAAACUACAGGAAUGUUAGCAGAUGCAUCCAUGAUAUCUGUCGGUGAUAAUAAGAAGUCGCCAAAAGGUAUUUUAAGAAAGAGAGAUCCCCUAGGAAAUUUUGCAAAUCAAUCUAUGAAUUUGUCUACUCAGUUAAAUGAGAGUGACAUUCUAAAUUCUAGCAUUUUGAAGAAGAAAAAGGUGGAAUUUGAUCAAGCAGUCAGACCAUUAGGAUUUGAAAGGGCUGCUCCUCCACCUUCUGAAACUAGCUUUUCUAGAGAGGCUCAAAAAAGAACCAAAACAAGUGAUAUUGUCAUGUCCAAUACUACACCUACUUUAGUAUCUCCUAAGCCUAAACCAUUAAUAUUACCAACCACUCCUCCUUCUUCUAAUAUUGAUGACUCUUUAAUGAUGGACAAUUCAAUGAUUAGAGAAUCAGAGCUGGAUAAGAAUGAUAGUAUCAUUUUGGAUUGUAUAAUUUCUGAAAAGAAACCUAAGAAAAAGUUUGGUAGAGUUGGUUUCUCCACACCAAGUACAUUUAGAAAUCAAAAGAUUUUGAGAUACAGUGAGGAUAUUGCACAAAGAAAAGAGUUGGCUUUCUAUUUAUUAAAGGGUGAACCAUCUCCAGAAAAAAAGGUUUCCACACAAAAUGCCAACAAGGCUGAUGAUAGCAAUUUGGGAUCUUCCUUUAACUUGUCAAGUUUGGCAAAGAGAAGCACAGAUACUAUUUCAGAAGGGCAACCACCAAAACCUACAACCUCUUCCUCAGAAACUUCUUCUACUACUGCUGGUUUUACUUUCACUGCAGGAGCAGUUUCUUCUUCCACUGAAAAUAAGACUGAAGAAAAAUCUAAUCCUCCAACAUUUGUACUUCCAACAACCAACACUUCCAAAAGAGAGGAAAGACCAUCCCAAAAACCAGCCACAAUCGAAACCCCAGUAAUAGCACCUGACACAAACAAACAGACCCCACAAUUGGAUCUUUCUGCUUUCAAACAACCGGAACCUAAACCAAUUGACAAUGCUCAACCAACAGUAAAGCUAGGAACAGAAACCAAAUCAACAGGUCCUACUGCUACGUUAAACAUUCCAAGUGUUGGAUCACAUCAAGAUAAUGUAAAUAAGGAAAAUGAAUCAGAUUCCAAUCCGUUUGCAUCUAUCAUAAUUCCUUCCAGUUCAUCAUCAUCCACAGAUAAUCCACCUGCUACUGAGACAACCAAUCCAUUUGCAAAUCUCAAAGUUGCAACUCCAACAGAACAGAAAAAGAAUGUCUUUAAUCCAUUUGCUAAUACAACCAGCUCAAGCAUGUUUGGAACACCAUCUUCAAGAAAUACCUUCAACAAAACAACACCAUCAAAACCUGCUGAUUCAGUUUCAGAUUUUGCAAAGAUGGAUCCCUCAAUCUUCCAACGAGAAGCUCUUUCAUUUGGAUAUCAAAAAUAA